GCGACGUGGUGUCUGCCAUGGAGGUGCUGGUCUGCGAGGACAAUCUGCAGCCCAAGUCGGCGUUUUCGCCGCUGGCGGGCGCCCUGGCAUCGGCCGCCGUGGCGUCCGCCGCGUCCGUCUCGGCGGCGGCUUACGCGAGCCGCGCUGCGUAUUGCACCACCCCGAUACCGUCGACGCGGCACCGGUUCCUGGCCGCGCCUUACACCGGUACCGGUUACCUGCCCACUGUCAUCAAACCGCCCAACCAGAGUCUGCAUGCCAAUGGUACUGGCGACGCCUAUCGGGAGACCAGUCCCGAUGAUGCCAGCGAUAAGACCAGUUACUCCGAGUGA